AUGUCUACAACCCGGUUUUCUAGCGCCCGGUCCCUUACUCUCGAUUUCUUACUCAACGACGACUACCUCGAGCACGGCUCGAAGAUGCCUCGUCGGCGUCGAUUACAUUGCGUCCGAUGUGCUUCUGUUUUCUUUGUCCUCGGUGCACUGGCCCGGUCUAUUCGCGGGAAGUCUUUACGCUUUAUACUUGACCUUGUCAGCCUGGGGGUCGUCUCGCAGAGUGCCGCCACUUCGAGGCCAUGCUCAAUAUUUACGUUCUACGACAAGCAUCUCUGGUCUGAAAUUGCUUCCGUUCGUCAAGAAUGCAAGAUGAAUGCUUUCGGUACUACAUUGACAAUCCCGGCUGGAUCUCAAGCUUCUUAUCCGAGCCCCUCGAACGUUCGUACAGUGACGCAAAGUCGCUGGGAACGUGCCUUCGACCAAACUCAAGUUAUCUCGGGCUUCAUGGCUUGCACUAACGCUUUACUAGUGCUCAGAGCAAGCACCUCGAACUCCUCUCCAAUUGUCUCUAUAUGGAGAAUCGGAAUAUGA